AUGCCACCUCGACGCCUGGAGCCGUCUUACAUGGACGGAGACUCGGACUCUGAUGUCUCGAUCUUCGACGACUUUGGCGAAGGCACCCGCACAAAGGGCAAGGGUAAGGGCAAGGCCAUCGACAGACGGCAGAAGGAUAAGGGAAAAGGGAAGGCCAGUGAGCAACCCUACGCUUGGGAGGCUUCCUAUACGCGGUCAUGGGACACUGUCCAGGAGGACGAGGCAGGAAGUCUGCAGGGAGCGGUCGAGGAUUUGAUUGCACGAGGAAGACGUCGGCGACUUCUGGCUCCUGCUACUGCAAUUCGAAGAGCUAUAAUCCGACACCUUGUCCUGCUCCUCGAUCUCUCCUCCGCGAUGAUGGAUCGCGACAUGCGACCGACACGGUUUGAUUUGAUGCUCCAGUACGCCCGGGAGUUCAUCACAGAAUGGUUCGACCAGAAUCCUCUGGGCCAGAUUGGUAUUGUGGGGAUGCGAGGGGGGAUUGGAAAUCCGCAGGAUGUGCUAAAAGCUAUCUCCGAGCGCCAUAAACUGGAGCCGAACGGGGAACCAAGUCUCCAAAAUGCCAUAGACAUGGCGCGGGCGAGUAUGGGACAUCUUCCAACCCAUUCAUCCCGCGAGAUCUUGAUCAUUUUCGGCUCGCUCACGACCUGCGACCCAGGGAAUAUUCACGACUCAUUAGAUGACUGCGUCAAGGAUCGCAUCCGAAUCUCCGUUGUUGCGCUUGCAGCUGAAAUGAAGAUCUGCCGCGAACUUUGCGAUAAAACCGGUGGCCAAUUUGGCGUCGCGCUCAAUGAGGGCCAUUUCAAAGACUUGCUCUUCGAGCUCAUCCCGCCGCCCGCUCAGCGCGCCGUGGCGCGGACCAAGGGCGGACCCGCUGGCAACCCUUCGGCAGACCUGAUGAUGAUGGGCUUCCCGACUCGCCUGCCAGACACGUCCGCACCGAGCCUGUGCGCGUGCCACUCACAACUGAAGAGCGAGGGCUUCCUCUGCCCGCGCUGCUGCGCCAAGGUGUGCGACGUCCCGACAGAUUGCGACAUCUGUGGUCUUAUGAUCGUCAGCUCGCCGCACCUCGCGCGGAGCUACCACCAUCUCUUCCCUGUGAAGACAUACAAGGCUGUGUGCGAUGGCCCUUGA